CUGGAUUUUUAAUGACCGACUCUGCAUUUGUUUGUACCUGCUCUUCCGACGAAUAUGCCCUCUCUACGUGUACAUAUAUUUCUUUCCUCCUUUCCGCGCUUUCUUUUUAUCUCUUGAUACCUAUCUGUCGUUCAUGAUCUGUUAUAUUCUUGGUUGGUUUGAUGUUUUCCUCUCAACUCUAUAGACUGCUUGGGGAGGAACGAAGACGUGACGUGUGGCGGACCCUGGGAGCCGCCGGACGAAAAAAAAGGACGGGAAGAAAUGCUCCCCAAAAUAACAAAAUAACCGGCGUGAUCUCCUUGUUGUCUCUGUUUUACCAUAUCUGCUGUUGGUGCGGACCGGUGUACUUAAAUGAAAGGAUUUUGCACCUACCUUAGAAUGAUAUCUCCUGGAUCGCUCGCAUUCAUGUCGCGUACCUCGG